AGAAAUAACUAGACAAAGAUAUUGGGCAAAUAUUGCUAUAGAAACAGCAAGAUUUGAUAAAAAACAACAAAUCGAACAAAGACAUCAAGCAAAAAGUAACAUUAAAGAUACUGAUACUGACAGUGUGAUAUCUGAUAAAAUGCACCAAGAAGAGUCAGAUAUAUUCUUUACAAAUUUAUACCAGGAUCAACAAAUAGUAGACCCUGAUGAAUACCAGAAGCCAUAUAUUUCACCUACUAUGUCAGAACUAAAUAUUGGCGAAUCCUCUUAUUCGCAACAAGAACUAAUACCUUCACCAUCACCAAGGUAUUCUACGAAUACCUCACCAAUGCAUACUAGAACAGCAUCAAUACAUUCAACAGAAGAUACAAAUGAUUUUAGUCAACUGGACACUUCACUGCAUCCAAUAACGAUAGUACCAACAAAACCAAAAUCAUUUGGAGAAAAACUUAGCGAUACAUUCUCAACAGCAACUUCAUAUCUACCAAGGUUUUCUAAAAAGAAAACUAUAUCCGAUUUAAGACAAACUGCAAUGAAAGAUAGUGCAGUGACACAAAUAAAAGAAGAAGGUAGCCAAGUAUCACCAGAAGAACAAGAAUUCUACAGAAAUAGAAAAAUAUCCUUUAAUCAAAAGCAUAAGGAACCUGAACAAUCUAGUUCAAUUAUUAUUGAAACUACUAAAGGGAAAGAAAGGUCAAAUGAAGAACAAGUAAAAGAAAUAUGGGAAGUACCUUCAGAAGAUCAUAAAUACUCACUUCCCUCAGGAUCAAAUAUAGAAUAUAGAAUAACUGGACACGAUAACCAAUCCCAUGAACUAUCACUACCAAUAAAUGAACAAUCAGAACAAUCAUCAUUAUACCAAUCAGAAGAAAUAUUACCUGAACUGAAACCAACGAGUGAACGACCUUCAACUCCAAUACCAAGUAAGACUAAUAACCAAUAUGGAUACCAAAAAGAACUAGAUUUUAUUGAAUUACAAUAUAAACCAAUCAAAAUGACUGGAAAAACUAUUAAAAUGCACAACGCAUUAAAACAUAUACCCAAUGCAAUACAACGACAUAUCAUACCCACAAUAGGCAAAGGAACACCUAUAUUCACAAACAAAACACACAUUAUAAAACCAUAUAUGUAG